UCCCGACGACCCUCACGACACCCGUCCGAGUUCUACCACGACCUUUAGGUGGCAUCUUCACAAUGGCUGUUCGGAACUCCAGUCUCGCCUCUUCUCGCCGCAAGUCGCGCGCCGCCCACUUCAACGCCCCCUCCAGCGAGCGCCGUGUCAUCCUCUCGGCUCCUCUCUCGAGCGAGCUCCGCGCCAAGUACAAUGUCCGCUCGAUCCCCAUCCGCAAGGACGACGAGGUCGUUGUGGUCCGCGGCAGCAACAAGGGCCGUGAGGGCAAGGUCACCAGCGUCUACCGCCUGAAGUUCGCCAUCCACGUCGAGCGCAUCAGCCGCGACAAGAGCAACGGCCAGAGCGUCCCCAUCCCCCUCCACCCCUCCAAGGUCGUCAUCAAGAAGCUCCACCUCGACAAGGACCGUGAGCAGAUCCUGGAGCGCAUCGCCAAGGGUCGUGAGGCCGUCAAGAGCAAGUCGGCUUAAAUGGGUUUUGAGGUUUAGUUCAUACGGCAAUGGCAGUGAUACGCGGGAGUUCCGGAAGACGCGAACAAUGGGAUCUUGCCUACGAUCGGGAUAUAUCUGUUGACAUCGGUGUAUUCUGAUGAAAUGAAAACGAAAAAUCAAUUUCCUCUACUGUUCAGUGGUUCGCCGUCGGCAGGUUUGGAGAGUAGACGGGCACUCUUUGGAGUAGUUACGGACUAUGAGUCGUUGCCAACUUUUUUCUCGGACCUCCGUUGCAGCAUCUCUGGCAUCAGUCACAUCCAAUCGUUCCCCGUGACAGGACGAUCAGAUCUUCCCGGACCGCAUUAGUAGAUCGGUUUAUAUCAGCCAACCCGUUUAAUCA